AUGUCUCAACAGUACCUGACCGUGCCCAAGGUCCUACCACAUCGCAAACCACGGUCACGGUCACGGUCUCGGCAACGAGGAGCAGAGAGGCCAACGGAAGUGGUAGUAUCGUCGCCCAAGCUUCGGCCGUCAACGCCACCAAUGCCAACAGCCGAGAUCAAUGUGAAACCUGUGGCGAAGACACCGGUGCUGAGUUGCGAGAUGGUCGAGGAGGAGCAACAACGAAGUAGUCGGACAAACGGCUAUGUGAGCUGGAAACCUGAAGUCGCGCUCCCAGUGCCGGCUGUGGAGGAGCAGACGGGCACGAGCUAUGAUGAUUUGGUGGAGGAUCCCAUAUCGCUAGAGCGCAUAGUGACACCGCCGCCUCCUGAGCCUCUGCGAUCGAAACUGAUAGGAACAUGGAAGCUGGAAUCAUAUAUCGCACAUCCAACACCAGAAUCGAUCAUCAGAAGACCAACACAUCCCAUGACAUCGCGGGUCACUGGCUUUAUCAUGUACACCCCAGAUGGGUACAUGUCGGCGCAAAUGUUGAUACCCGGUCAGCAGAGCUUCAAGCGCGGCGAAGGAGAAGAGCCACAAUGGGCGGAAGCAGGGAAGAGGUUCUUCGCAUACUCAGGACCAUAUUAUAUCACAAAUGAAGGAGCAGGUCGGGAGGAGGUGUUGAGGCAUACAUUCCAGGUGUGUAAUUUGCCAGGCUGGAUCGGUGAUAUCCAGGUACGGACGCAUAAGUUUGAGGAGGACGGCCAGGUACUAGUGCUGGGCAGUGAGGAGCCAACGGAAAUAAAGGGUGAUAAGAGGAUACCAGUACUGAAAUGGAGGCGAGCACGGAACAAUAGCGAGGGAACGCCACCACCGCCUACACCACAGAUCAAGAUUAGUGGCCCAGGCGAACCAUUACAAUCACAGGACGCCAGAGAGCGCAAAUGA